AUAAAUAGUUCUUUGAUAAGGCAAGAUAUUAUGUCAGCUGGGAAAGAAAUUAUGAAUGGCAUUGCUAAUGCUCCUGCUGGGAAUAGUAUGGACACGCUCAAGGCUAUCAGUGGGCUUGUUGCUGGAUCUAUUCUGUUCUCCUACAUUGUUUCUAAAGUAUAUAAAAAUCCUCUCCAGAGUACAUAUGAGUGGAUAAUGGGUAAACCUAAGACAAAGAAAGUUAGGAGAUCUCGUAAAGCGCGUGAAAAUAGAAGAAGAGAGUCUGAUAGGAAAAGACUAGAGGAAUCAUAUGAGGAUGAGGAAUCUAUCAACGACCGGGAUGCUUACUAUAAUAAGAACGGCAUGACUCAGAUAUCUGAGCAUGUUUCUGGAGAGCAGGAAAGUUCUCUCUAUGAAGACGUUCUUGUUCCUUCUCCUGAUGAUUGCACUUCUAUUACCUAUUCUGAUAAGAGGAAUAAAAAGAUGUAUUUUAACUCGAACGAUGAGAUAGUAGAGUCUGGCUAUGAAGAUGAGAGUGCAUUAAAUUUCUAUGUCCAGCCCUCUAAGACUAACAUAAAAUCAAAAUUGUACAAACAGAGGGAGACUGAAGCUUCUAAAUUCGUCGAUGCGAUCGACCAUGCCAUCAACAGCUUCAAGAAGGACAGAGUGAAGAACUAUGAAAAUAUUAAUGAAGCUUUUAAGGCAAAUAAAUUAGAAGCUAUCAAAUCUAAAAAAAAGGAAAUUGAGAGGCAAGAUUCUAAAGAACCUCUCUCCUUAAACGAAAAGUUCAAAGCAGAGAUGCAGCAACUCUCUCCUCGAUCAAGAAAAGAAAAGCUCAAAAAUCUCAAUGAGAAGAGUGUGCGUCUUAACGAUUCCGACUUUGGAAAUAUUGAUGAUAAGGAUUCAGCAUUGGCUUCUGAAAAUGUCUUUAGAAACAAAGGCAAGGAUAAAAAGUUUGUUCCCAAUUCUAAAGAGCUUACAAGCAAGAAGGACUACAUUUUCUUCGAACUCCUGUCUGUUUAUACACAAAACUUUGUACAGAAUAAAAAGCAGAAGAAGAGUAAGAAGAAAGGGAUAGUCUCAGCCAAAUAAUUUGUUACCUUA